AUGGCGGACAUCAAGCUCCCGGAAGAUAUUGUCUUCAUUGUCGCCACCGGUCUAGACUUCGCGGACCUCUGCAACUUCAGGCUUGUCUGCCGUGAUAUGGAACAGAAGACCGAGAAGGCCUUUCAUCAGCGCCCGAGGAAGUUCGCCAUUCGAAUCAACAAAGAAGACCUCUCGCGCCUUCUCGAACUCUCCAAGUCUCGUCUCGCAAAUGCAGUGCACCGGAUCACUCUGGUCCGACUGGGGCAGCUAGAGCUGAUUCGAGAUGCGUGUGAAGUGGAUCGCGUAGCACUUGGGUCUCUCCUCACCGAAGCUCUCAACGGUUUACCAGGACUAAACUGCAUCCGCUUCCAAGACGAAUUCUGGGAUCCGACGCACGAUUACAAGAACAGCUUUCGCCCCUGCGAUCCGAGAGUCUCGCUACCUGGAUGGACAUUCAAGCUGUUAACGAACGCCUUGGCCAAAGAGCAAGCACACAGCGGAGCACCUGGUGCUCAACACAGAGUUGUACCCGGAAUCUUCAUGGAACCGGGAAGGGCUUUCCAACAUUCGCCAUCUCGAGCUAAUUUGCGAUGUGGGAUUGUGCUGAAUCAGAGUGUUCUCAUUUCAGCUAUCCCACAGCUGGAAACGCUCAAGAUGAAGCUCCGAGCCAGCAACAUGAACGACGCACGCUUCGGAAGCAUGAUUCUGAACAACUUGGCCUCCGAAAACCCACCGCAAACCCUUCGUACCUUGAGCCUCCAAGGCCUGCAAACUACGCAGACGUCCCUUGAGCGUCUUCUAACCAAGUACGAGCACACUAUCCGCAACGUCGCAUUCAAUCGCAUGUGGCUGUAUGAGGGAAAAUGGCGCGAGGUCCUGAAGAUGAUUCAAGAAAGAUUCUCACUUGAUACCUUCAAAUUCACCAACAACAGAGGCGGAUACUACAGGCUCUUGGAGUACGGUUGGGGAACGGAGUUGGCAAGCCAUGCUGUGCUUGUGCCUCCUAUGGAGGACAACGGCAUGUUCUUGGCAGAAGUGGUUGGGAGCAUGGGCUUGAAGAAGGCGCUGGAGAUGCUCACCAAGGUCAUUGGAGAUAUGUAGACUUGGCUUUGAUUCU